UUUGAGCCACUAGCAAAAGUGGCUAAACUGAGGGCUGCUGUGAAUCUCUGAGGCAAGCAAAUCCACCAAGAGCGCAGGACCGACCAAGGCAGAGGAGGACCUUUGUCACAGCACAUUAUGGUGAAGUUAAAUCAGUUGGAGAAUUACUAAUAAAAGGAACUGAGAAAGUUAGUGUUAGGAGAAGAAUGGAUUGGUUUGCUCACUAAAGGCAGCUACUCUCAUUUGAAAAUAAAUGUUUAUGUACUUUAGCGGUAAUAUAGUAAUGAGGGAAGAGUAUGAUGACAUUGCUGGCUCAUAUGUACACUUUUGUCCAGGCCUUGUGAGAGAGUGUUUCAUAGUAGCACAACAAGAGUGAAGUUGCUGCAGUGUGAGUUUGAUUGGAAGUUUCUGGGUAAUUGGAGUAAAUACAAUGAAAUUAAGAAUUCUUCUUUGAGAGCUUGCUCAUGUUGAUUCCAUUCUAGGUGUGUGCGUGCCCACGUGCACAGUCAUCAGAGAUUUUUGCCUUAGCAGUAUCCAUAGGGCUGGCUGUGGCACCCCCUGGAGUGCCACACUCAUGCGUCGGUAUGUUAGGCGCCACCGAUCCUGCGCCCUCUCAGUUCCUUCUUAUCGAAGUGCUUUGUCUUGCCUCGCAAGAGUGUUAGCCUUUUUUCUAACAGCCCAUUGACUGUCUUCUUUGUAUAUAGUUAGUUAGUUAGCUAUUAAAUAUUAAGUGUUAGGUGUUAGUUUAGUAGUUAGAGUCCUGGCAGGGACUUUGCUCCAGAGCGGGGCAUGCUCCAUUCCCUGGGCUUUAAACCGUGUUCAUCAUGCAACAGACCUAUGCCUGUUAGUGACCCCCACAGCAGCUGUUUGAAGUGCUUGGGAGCGUCCCAUAUAAAGGAGAAGUGCAGGAUUUUGUCACAGAAUCCAGAAAGAGUGGGUCAUCCGCUUGAAAGCCCUCCUCAUGGAGGCUGCACUUUGCCUGGUGUUGGAGCCUUCCCGAUCGGACUCUGUGCCCAGCAUCUCGGCAUUGGUGCGGAGCACUCCGUCAGCACCAGUUCCUUCUGGCACCAUUCCCCCUCGACAGUGUCCAAAAAGCAGCAAAAGAAAAGAAGCUCCCCAGCGCCAUACAAGGAAGGGGUCUCUGGGCAUAGGUCCUAGUUCAGGUCAUGCGCCCGUCAUGGAGCUGCAACGAGUGCCACUGUGGUCAGACCCCCUAGCCCAACUAGGUAUCUGCUUCUGACUCCUGGGAGCGGUAGGGGACCCCGGCUCCUUCUGGGGCCUGCAACACCCGAGGCUGCCCAGGUGCCCUGAUGGUCCUACUGGUAUCGAAUACACUGCACCUGGUGCUGGAUGUGGCUAAGACCCUGCAACUCAUCAAGGGUUGAUCUCGGGGUCAGGUGUAGAGGAAGCUCGAUCUGGUAUGUUCCAUGUGUCGCGAUCUGGGUCUGUUGAUAAAGAAAAAUCAACUCUGAUACCAAUGCAACGGAGAGAGUUCAUUGGGGCAGUCCUUGACUUCACUUGGGCCAGAGCCUUCCUCCGCAAGACCCGGUUCUGAGCCAUGAUAGACCUGGUCUUGUACUUGCAGGCCCACCCUCUCACCACUGCUCAUACAUACCUGAGGUUGUUGGGCCACAUGGCAUCUUGUACUUACAUGGUCUGUUACGCAUGGCUCCAACUCAGGCCCCUACAGGUGAGGUUGGUGUCAAUCUAUGUCCCCAACAGACACAACAUAGACUGUGUAGUCAGGGUACUGCACCACAUACUGUCAUCAUUCACAUGGUGGUCAAAUCCCAUAUCGGUGCUGGAGGGAGUCCUCUUUGUGGCCCCAUCCCUGUCAGUAACCCUGGUCUCCAAUGCCUUGGAUCUGGGAUGUGAGCCCACCUGGAUGAUCUCAGCACACAAGGGUGUUGGUCGAGUCACAAUUGCCACUUCCACAUUAAUAUCAGAGAGCUCAGAGCAGGUUCACUUGCCCUGCCAAGCUUUCUUGCCGCAUCUGAGGGUUAGGGUGGUUUAGAUCCUGACAGACAACACCGCUGCAAUGUUCUAUAUCAACAGACAAGACAGAGCCCACGUGUCAGCCCUUUGCCAGGAAGCUCUUCAGCUGUGGAACUUUUGUUUUCAUCAUGCCAUUCAUCUCAUAGCCAUGCAUCUCCCUGGGGCCAGGAACACAUUGGCAGUUCACCUCAGCAGGACCUUCUCGUCUCGCCAAGAAUGGUCACUCCACCCGGAGAUGGUCAGCGUCAUCUUCCAAACGUGGGGGACACCCCAGGGUGGACUUGUUUGCAUCUAGGCAGAACAGGAAGUGCCACGUUUUCUGCUUGAUUUGGGUCUCUCUGUCAGACGCCUUUCUGCUCCCGUGGUCGUGGGCACUCAUGUAUGCCUUCCCUUCAGUGCCAUUAAUCCACAGAUCCUCAUGAAAAUCAAACAGGACAGGGCAAAGGUAAUCCUCAUAGUGCUGUCUUGGCCGCACCAGCACUAGUUCAGCCCGCUGCUAGACCUCUUGGUGGAUGCCCUGCUACAGUUGUUGCUUCAGCCGGACCUGAUGUCACAGAGCCAUGGCAGUCUUCUGCUCCCCAACCUGGCAAUGCUGCACCUGAUUGGUUGGCUGCUGCAUAUGGAGGAGCAGGAAUGAUCGGCCCAUGUCCAACAAAUCCUAUUGGGCAGCAGAAAACUCUCCACCAGGGUGACCUACCUGGCCAAACGGAAGCAGUUCACGUGCUUUGCAUUGGACCAAGGUAUUCAGCCUGAACAAACCUCACUGCAGUGAAUCCUGGACUACUUCUUGCAUCUCAAGCUCCAAAGUCUGUCUCUUUAAUCUACUAAGGUCCAGUUGGCCGUUAUUUCCCCCCUUCCAUUCCCCCGUUCCAGGGUAGGUCGGUCUUAGCUCAUGAUGUGACAGUCCAAUUUCUAAAAGUUCUGAAGCAACUCUACCCUCAGAUCUCGGACUCAGUCCCUCCGUGGGACUUAAAUCUCAUGCUAUCUAGGCUCACUGGCUCCCUCUUCAAACCUUUGGCAUCCUGUUCCCUCCUUCUCCUCUCGUGGAAGGUUUUAGCAAUAACAUCUGCCUUCAGGAUCUCUGAGAUUAGGGCACUUACCUUGGAGCCGCCCUACACUGUGUUCUACAAGUACAAGGCCCAGAAAGCAGCCUCAUUCUCAAAGGUAUAACAUUUGUACUUAUGGAGUACUGGAGGCGCAGGGCAUUGCUAGUCCUUUCCCAUUCAGCAAGGAUCGUUCCUAUCUAAUGGAUGUUUGGUAGUCCCGUAUGGUAAGAGAUUAGUGAGUCCCAGUUUGAGUUCCCAUGUCACAAACUCAUCACUAUGUUUUGCACUACAUUGUAAGCUCUUUGGGGCAGAGACUGUGUCUUACCAUGUUUUUGUACAAUACCUAGUACUAUGGUAUCAAUUGGGUUUUCUAGGAAAAGCUCCAGCCAGGGGAACAAAUACUCACUAUAAAUUUGUAGAAGUUGGCAAUUCUAUAAUUGACAAUAUAAUUCAAUUGUCACACAUGUUGGGGGUGAGCAGAAAGAGUUGAAAAAUUAGAAGGCAGUCCAAAAAAUAUGAUUUACACUUCUUUUAAAAAUCUCUAAUUUCACUAUUUUUAGGGAUUCUGACUCAUGAUUUUUGGAAUUGGCAGUACUAAGAUUAUGAAAUAAUUUCCAUCAGUCUUUGCUGUCAGUGUCUUUGAGACUGAUUUACAAGUAGAUCUGUGAUGAGUGUGGUUUGUAAAUUAGGAAAAUAUGUAAAUUGGAAUAAACCAAAGCUAGGCUACAGAAAUAUGAAAGGAUGCUUUAUCAUCAAAAACAGUUUUUUUGGCUGCAGUUUUAGUGAGCUGUUCCAGGACAAAGCAUGUUAAUGACAGAGGUAGGCCAGUGAGGUCAUUGUGAUGUCAGUGUUCCUGCUUGUAAUCCUGCACAUGCUUGCUAGUUUGGAACAUUUCAUGUUGGGCUGUGAUAGAGCAACAAGAGAAUCCCAUAUGCAAAAGCUGAUCAUGGCCGUAACAGGAGAUGAAACAGCUGCCACUGGAGAUAUGCCAACUUACCAGAUACGAACUCCCACCACAGCCUUGCCUCAAGGAGUGGUAAUGGCAGCUUCACCAGGAACUUUGCAUAGCCCUCAGCAGCUAGCAGAAGAGGCAACACGCAAAAGGGAACUGAGACUUAUGAAAAAUAGGGAAGCUGCUAAAGAAUGUCGACGUCGGAAGAAAGAAUACAUAAAAUGUCUGGAGAGUCGUGUUGCAGUGCUAGAAGUUCAGAACAAGAAACUUAUAGAGGAGCUUGAAACCCUAAAAGACAUUUGUUCUUCCAAAACAGAUUAGUAGAAAUAUUUAUUAUGCUGUGAACUGAUUACAACAUGUCCAGUUGCUUUUGAAGACAAUACCUAGCCAAUAAGAAUUACGACUUUUUCUUUGUGUCAUUUAUCUUAUUCUCCAACCCCUAACAUUCCUGAAAUACUUUUUUGCAUUUUGUAGAUUCUUAGAUGUAACUUCAUUUUUUUUUCAAAGGAGACAAAUAUUCAAGUGUGUGUAACAUGGUUAAAAGUGCAACAUUUAUAAGAGCUGUUCCAUUGCCAUAUAUUUGCAUUUACUACUUUUUAUGUGUUAUUGAUAGUGUCCUACACACAAAAAUAUUGUACAGGUGUUUUAAAGUGAAUCAUCAAAGAUAAUGCAUCCAGUAAUACAACAAAAUUAAACUACCCAAAGUAUCUCAGGAAAGAGUUUAUAUAAAGUAUGUUACGAUUACAAAAAUGUAUUAGAAUACUAGACUAUAAAUUAAUUUAUGGCCUAUUUUUCUUAGUUGCUUUGCCAAGAAAAUAUUGUAUUGCUGUCACUGAGUGCCAUGGUUGAAGACAGUUUUUAAUAGAACCAUGUUGUUUACCCUU